AUGUCCAGCGACCACGAACCCGUACCAUCCGACUACCUCCCCUCGGAGAUCGUCGACAAGGCCACAGCACCUCUCGAUAUGGAUGUAGAAGCCGAGGAGCACUCCGCGGUUGACCAAGCUCUCUCCCUGUCUGAGACAAUCUUUCAACCUCUGGCUAAAGACAUCGGCACGCAGACGGAUGCCAUGAUCAUCGAGCUCUUCAAGCGCUACGUGACCCGCGACUGGGUCACCUCCGUGACCGGUCCCAGCCUCCCCAUCCAUCCCAGCUUCACGAAGGGUGACAUAGUCCUCGUGUCAAGUGACAACGUCGCCUUUGCGUUCCCGCUCGGCGUGCUCGCUUACCGCUCUCUAGGGUUCCGUGGCUUGGCUGAGCUACCUCGUUCCGAAGACUCAUCCCGCGUUCUGCCCAUCACCAUGGCGUCGGCCAAGACGCUCGAGAUUCUCCUCGCCCGCCUACAUUCCGAUCACUCGAACCGGCUUGUGACCGUGCCCUCGGUCGAAGUCCUCGACGAGCUGCUCGCGGUUAUUGACGCAUUCGAUUUCCAGGUCUCAAUCAUCAAGUCGGCUGUCUGCCAAUCUGACCUGAAUGUUGGCAUCAAGUAUGCCUUUGCCUCGGCCUAUGACCCGGCCAACGAAAACAAGUGGGCGGUCGAGUGUCUGGACGUGCGUCUGUUCAGCAGAUGUGAGCAGUGGGCGCAGCACCCCGAGGCACACCGCACCCUCGAGGAGCUGUUUGAAAAGUGGCAGGCCGCCAGCACAACUUUUGUCAAGGCAUAUGAGCGCACGCCGGUGAACGGGAACGACGACUUUGGCAAGCGCUGCCGCAAGCAGCCGUGUGAAGAAUACAAAAGGGGCGAAUGGUCCAGCGUCAAGACUGUCGUGGGCAUUCUCAUCGCUUUUGCCAUGAUGGACUCCCCGAAGUCUGAUAGGGGCCUCAUCACGCCUGUAUGCGCUGCUACGUUGGAAUGCAGGACCUGUGAACAUAGGCUGGCCAUGCACGGUGCCGUCAUCUGGAAGGAAGUCGUCGAGAGUGGGUCGUGGAGGCGUUAA